CACAAACUUCCGGCGGGGAUGCGCGAAACCGUCUGAAGGAUUUCGCUUUAUUUGUUAUCCUUGUUGAUUGCUUUGGCAGCGAUACCCCAAGUAAUAACAGACUAGAAUCGCAGCGCCAGCCAUGUCAGAGACAUACGAUUUCCUGUUUAAGUUUCUUGUGAUUGGGAAUGCAGGAACUGGAAAAUCAUGUCUUCUGCAUCAGUUUAUAGAAAAAAGAUUCAAAGAUGACUCUAAUCACACUAUUGGGGUUGAAUUUGGCUCAAAGAUUAUCAGUGUGGUCAACAAGUUUGUCAAGCUCCAGAUCUGGGAUACAGCAGGACAGGAGCGUUUCAGGUCUGUUACACGCAGUUACUACAGGGGAGCAGCAGGGGCUCUUCUGGUGUAUGACAUCACUAGUCGAGAAACGUACAAUGCUCUGACCAACUGGCUGACAGAUGCCAGGAUGCUGGCCAGCCAGAACAUUGUGAUCAUACUGUGUGGAAACAAGAAGGAUCUGGAUGCUGAUCGUGAAGUCACCUUCCUGGAAGCCUCACGCUUCGCUCAAGAGAAUGAGCUCAUGUUUUUGGAGACAAGUGCACUAACAGGGGAGAAUGUGGAGGAAGCCUUUGUCCAAUGUGCUCGGAAAAUCCUAAACAAAAUAGAGUCAGGAGAGCUGGACCCGGAGCGGAUGGGUUCUGGAAUCCAGUAUGGAGAUGCAGCGUUGCGGCAGCUGCGUUCUCCCAGACGGGCUCAGGCAGAGAGCGUGCAAGAGUGUGGCUGUUAGCACAGAUCUCCAGACAGCUGACCGACCAGGCAGGUUUUAUGAACACAAGGAGGACAUUAAUGGGGAGUGUGACUUAAGGCUCAUCAUGGUGGAGUGACUGUUUCCCUCACCUUACUUUCUGUUCAGACAUGCCAGGGGUCUCCCUGCACUCCAGAAGACUCCGGAAAAAGUUUACUGUCCCUUCGGGCCCAGGCAAAGACAUCUACAAUACCCGAAACUUAGAGGGUAGUUAAGAGACUUGGCCCUUGACUCUGAGAAUACUGCACUGAGCCCCUGCCCCAUCUUUCCCUCUUAUGUACAGUAGAUCUUGUGUAGAGAAGAAAUUAUAUUAUCACCAUGGAGCAUGUUUCAUGGUCGCAGUACUAUAACAUUAUCAUAAAUUACUAUAUACAGCACACAUAUAGCUUGGGCAUACUGCAUUACUGCUCUUUAGCACGCACCUGUAAAUAUAAUCAAUGAAAUUGAUCGUGCAUCGGCAACACAUAAUUUGCUUUUAAAAUAUAUAUAAUUAAGGGUAUUUUAUUUUGUUUCUCUCUGUCCUUUUUUAAUGUUAGUAUGUUUUGUAGGAAACAUACUAGAACAUAUGUUUUAUAAAAGUGGCUUUUGACAUCUAAGUUUCAUGCUCAAUCAUUUACAUUCAAAAUAUAUUGUAAAUGGCCACAACACACUUACCUACAUAUCACACUGUAAUAACGUGUCAGUAUGAUCAGCUUCAAAGUCUCAGUGUUACGUAUAUUUAUUGUAAAGCAUUUUUAGUGCUGCUUUCCAAAUCUUAGAUAUUCGUUGGAAUGAUACCAAUGUGUUUAAAGCAAUUCAUUGUUUUCAAAACAACAUUGUAUUGUCCUCUUUUUUUUUUUUUUUUUGAGAUUAUAUAUUUAAUUCUCUAUGAUCCCUUAUCUACUCUUAAAUAUUUUAAAAAACAGUGCAUCAAAAGGUCUAUGCCAUUAUAUCAAGCAUUUUUGUUUGUAAGAAUUUGAGAUGGGACAGAUUCAAAAUAGUUAUGUUUUACACUGGAUUGAAUGGCAUUUGAUUCCUUCCAAGUUCAUCUUUAAUCCAACAAUCUCCACUUUACAUUGACCACCACACAAACAAAUUCGAAUUUGGCUAAUUCUGUGUAGUAGUGAUCACAGGAAGUGUUUACUUAGAAUCAAGAUGAUAAGAAACACAGUUGGAUCAUAGGCUUUUUUAUUGUUAAAGUUUUUUGUAAUGAAAGUUCUGGAAAAACAUUUUGUUGUAACAAAGUUUCAUUUAGUGAGAAAAGAACACAAACCUGGCUCCUAAAUUUAAAAUCAGUGUUUGUGUAAUGCGUUUGGCAGUUUGUGAACCAAUGACAAACUUCCAAGCUUAUUAUGCUGGACAGUCAUAUGCAAGUAUUUUUUAUGAAAAUGAAACAGUUUUUAAAAUCUGUUCCAUGCGGGCUAUAAGGGAGGUAUUGCCAGACUUUCAAAUUUCUCUUUGUUUGUUAAAACAGAAGAUUCACCCCUGGCUCUAACACGUGGUUUAUGCUUGCCAGUUUCCACCAGCUUUUUCCAGUAAUGUAUGGAAAUAACCAUGGCAGGCUUGGAGAAUUUUGAUGUCCAGGGACAGAAUACUGUAAUGAGUUGAUAGCUACUGUAUGAAUUCACCUUGUAUUGAUAUGUAUUAGUGAGCUUUAUACUUGUAUUAAUGGUAUGCCCUUUUAAAAAUGUAGUGAACUAUGUACAAUCAAUCCUUGAAUGCAAACAUAAGAAGUAUUUCCAUCCAUAAUUUGGCUCUAAACAAAUGUUAUACUUUAUUAUUCAGUUAAGCCAGUUCACAACUAUUAAACCAACCAAUAAUAUCUCCCUUUAUACAGAACAACCUGUUAAAUAUAUUAGGACAUAACACUAUGAAACAUUUAGAAACUACCAAAUUGCUUCUUUAAAGGGGUUUCUCAUCACACUAAUCCCAUUAGUGUAGUGGAACUGUAACACCAGCCUACUGUUAAUGUUACACAUUCAAACAUAUCUCAAGAUUCACAGGCAGACUAAGCACUUAAACCAUUUCUAAACACCCUUCAAACUAGCUUCCAUGUAUCAUAAAUCAGACGGUGGAAUGUACAGGUGCAUCUCAAUAAAUUAGAAUGUCGUGGAAAUGUUCAUUUAUUUCAGUAAUUCAACUCAAAUUGUGAAACUCGUGUAUUAAAUAAAUUCAGUGCAC